CGCCCUCUGAAGUUGGCGCUGCAUGUGUGGCUGUGAGGAGCCCCGCUGGGGUUGGGGGCAUUGUGCCCCCAGCCCCAUGCUCCUCCUGAGUGUACUUCUAUCUGCAGCCCCGUUCGGCCUGCUGGGGGAAGAGACCCGCCAGGUAUCUCUGGAGGUCAUCCCUGACUGGCUGGACCCCCCCCAAAACCUGCUUCAUGUUCGGGCAGUGGGUACCAACUCCACGCUGCACUAUGUAUGGAGCAGCCUGGGGCCUCCAGCAGUGCUGCUGGUGGCCACCAACACCCCCUACAGCACCCUGAGUGUCAACUGGAGCCGCCUGCUCUCCCCUAAGCCUGAUGGAGGCCUGAUGGUGCUCCCAAAGGACAGCAUCCAGUUUUCUUCUGCCCUUGUCUUUACCAGGCUGUUUGAGUUUGACAGCACCAACACAUCCGAUGGAGCAGCAAAGCCUCCAGGAAAACCAUAUCCCCCAUAUUCCUUGGCCAAGUUCUCCUGGAACAACAUCAGUGACUCACUGGAUCCUGCCACCAUGAGUGCUACAUUUCAAGGUCGCCCGAUUCAUGACCCCACCAAGGCUUUUGCCAAUGGCAGCUUGUCCUUCAGGGUGCAGGCCUUCUCCAGAUCCGGCCGGCCAGCCCAACCCCCUCGCCUUCUGCACACAGCGGACACCUGCCAGCUAGAGGUGGCCCUGGUUGGGGCCUCUCCUCAGGGAAACCGCUCCCUAUUUGGGCUGGAGGUAGCCACCCUGGGCCAGGGCCCUGACUGCCCCUCAGUGCAGGAGCAGCACUCCAUUGAUGAUGAAUACACACCUGCUGUCUUCCAGUUGCACCAGCUGUUAUGGGGCUCCGUCCCAACAGGCUUCGUGCAGUGGCGACCAGUGGCUUUCUCCCAGAAGCAGGGGAGCCGGGAAUCAGCCCUGCCCUGCCAAGCUUCCCCUCUUUACCCCUCCUUGGCAUACCUUCUCCCCCAGUCACCCAUUGUCCGAGCCUUCUUUGGGUCCCAGAACAACUUCUGUGCCUUCAAUCUGACAUUUGGGGCUUCCACAGGCCCUGGCUACUGGGACCAACACUACCUCAGCUGGUCAAUGCUCCUGGGUGUGGGCACCCCUCCAGUAGAUGCCUUGUCCCCACUAGUCCUAGGCAUCAUGGCGGUGGCCCUGGGUGCUCCAGGGCUCAUGCUGCUGGCAGGAGGCCUGUUUCUGCUGCUGGGCCACAAGCGGUACUCAGAAUACCAGCCCAUAAAUUGAGACCCACUCUCUAGAGGGAAGGACAUUACUGGACCUGCCUUGCUGGCCUGAAGGUUUGAGGGUCAAUGUUCCCGGCCCGCUGCUCCCUUCUUGCUUUUCUGCAGAACCUCAGAGACCAGCCUCAACUUCCUGGGGACCCCCAGGUGGAGCUUCCUUCACACUCUGGGGAGGGAUGAGGGACAGGGUGAGUGCUGGAGGAAGGGUCCUCCUGGGAUUGCCCCCCUACCCCUCCUUUCCCCAUUUGCCUCGAAUGGGACUCAGAGGCCUAAAUAAGAGGCCUUCUGACUGGUUGGCUGCCCUGGAGAGCAUGAAAUAGAUUUAUUUUUUCCACA